AUGGACUCCUGGAAAUGUUAUUUUGAGUCAACAGCUGGUGGCGUGCAUCUUGCUGAAGAGCAACAUUUGACAUAUAGCCUUUGUGGAAACCCAACCCAAGAGACUCACCUUUUUAAAGGUGUUACCUUGGACGAGGCAACAAGAAAAGACCUUUUCACAGACACUUUCUGUAAAGUGUGUGGAGCUGUGCUGCAGUUUGAGUCACAAAGAAUUUCACACUAUGAGGGCAAAAAGCAUGCUCAGAAAGUUCGCCUUUAUUUCCAAAUGCGCAGUGAACAAGAGGACGUACAAGAGCCUGGCAAACAGAAGAGACCAGAUUAUGUGAACUUUCAGAUUGAUGGGAGUGGAGCAGUGGACAAAAACAAAUAUUGCAGUCUCUGCAACAUGAUUUUUACUUCUCCGGUUGUUGCUCAGUCUCAUUACCUGGGGAAAAUACAUGCCAAAAAGCUGAAGCAGUUAUCAGGAGACCAACCUCAGAUGCCUGCACAGACCACUCAGUCACAAACAGGUUCCCCCUCUGGUCCUUCUACAUCUCUGGCACUACCGCAGCCCACCACUGAGAAGCUCUCCCAGGAUCCGGAUGCUGAGGAAUCCACGUCAUCCUCUAGUAUUGCUUUGGAUUUAAAUGAUCCAGACAAGUAUUGCAAGCUCUGCUCCGCUCCCUUCAAUAACCCACUGAUGGCCCAUCAACAUUAUGUUGGUAAGAAGCACAAAAGAAAUGAAGCACGGAAGAAGAUGAUGGCAGAGAGGGGACCACUGAGAAGCUCUCCCAGGAUCCGGAUGCUGAGGAAUCCACGUCAUCCUCUAUCAGCAUUUGGAGUUGGUAACUACAUCUGUCCUAUAUGUAACAUCACUCUUACAUCUAUAGAGAUGUACCAGUCCCACAUGCAAGGAAAUAAACAUCAGAUUAAAGAAACCAUGGUUGUAAACCUCAUUAAGAAUUCAAAGAAAACCUACGACUCCUUUCAAGAUGAAUUAGAAGAUUACAUUAAAGUGCAAAAAGCUAGGGGACUGGAACCAAAAACUUAUUUCAGAAAAGCAGAAGAAGAGUUUGAAAACUAUGAGUUAGAAGCUGUAAAUGAUUGUGAGGAUAUUGUAUCUUCCAGGGUUACAUUUGAGCAAGGACAGCAUUCCAUCUUCUUCUCAGAAACAUAUAUGUCAUCAUGUGGCAUUGAAAACAGAUCGCCAUGCUGGUCACCAGCUCAUGAAAAUAGGUUAAGACUAGAAAACAUGGCUCAGUGUCAAGACAGCAAGGAAUAUUGUUCAGAAAUGCAAACAUCUCAGGUGACCUCUUUAAAAAAUGACAAUUACAGCCUGUCAUCUGCAGAAUCCAGUGACUGCUACAAGAACAUCUCUUGCGAUAAUAGCACCCGCUCCUACAGGAAAGGCCGAAAGCUUCGAGAGAAACAUGAGGUGGGGGAAAGACACAUUGGGGAAGAAGAGAAACACAACAAAGAAGCCACAAAGCAGAAGAGAAAGGGAAACAGUGAAGAGAGAGAUUCUGGAAAGGAUAGUGAAAUGCAGAAGCGAAGAAAGAUUGAUAUAGAUUCCACUCAUGAGAAAAAAUCAAAGCACAGUAAAGACAAAAGAAUUAAAGAAAUAUCCACUGAGAAGGAGAGUAGAAAGCACAAAAAAGAUAAAAGGAAACCACAGCCUGAUGGCAAAACAGAAGAAGAAAUGCUUUGGGAUGAAUCUAUCCUGGGAUUCUAAUAGAGGUUUUGAUUAACUUUACGAAGUCACUAUUUUUGUAAUCUCUCUUAACCAUGGUGUACUAUGUUAUGACUCAAUAAUUUUUUUUAAAGCAAAAUUUUUGUCUCACUCUGUGGAAGCGAGAAAAAGCCUGGCUUCUGAAACUAUUGGGUAGUAGGUAUGAAUCAGUUUUUAAUAAUCUCCUUCAUAAACUGUCAUACAACAACAUGAAUCAAAAGCCUAUAAUCUGUUCUGGAAUGUACUGCAAAUAUGGGUCAGUAGCUAUAUUAGCUUCCUUUUAGAGUUUUAUCAAAAUGAAUGGUCUCUUCCAAAUCGUAUUAUUAGCAUUAAUAUGGAGAAUUUUAUUAUUCUUCCAUUAGUGUACAGAAUUUUGUAAAAUAAAUGACAAGUACACAGUACCCCCACCAUCCCUGUACCAGUUUCACUAAAGACUUUUAAAGGGGAAUGUAAGAAGUAAAUAGGUUUUUUGGUUCCAAUUCUUAUUUACAACUGUUAUUUUUUUCACCCAGUUUGAGUGAAAAAGGAAAGAGUCUAUUAAACACAUAAAUGAUUGUCAGACAUAUGUUGUCCAGUAUAUUUUUCCUCAUAGCUGUGAUCCAAAUUUUUAAUUUAGGAAAUACUGACAAAAUACCGUAUGCAAAAUCAAUUUCAGUGGGUAAUUCCAGGCUAAGUAGUGUUUCUUACUUUUACUCAAGAUAAUUUACUUAAAAUCAGCAACUAGCUAGCAGUGUUAGACUAGAGCUUGAUUUGAAAUACAAACAGUGCUUAAAAAAUUCAAAAAUAACUUUAUGGGUAGAGGGUUAGAAAUAAAACGUUAUCAGCUCCUCAUUGACAACAUGGAACUAAAUCCUUUUGAUAGAGAACUCAUGUCAUGUUUAGUGCUCCACUAUGGUACAUGAAAUGAGUUGGUGUCCUCAGACUGCCUUUGUGGUAGACUCACUGGCAGCCUCAGGUACUGGGUUCAAGAGGCCAUUGAGACUGAAACUACCUUUGCAGCCCUACUGAUGCUUUUUCUGUGGCAGGGUUGAAUUACUUUAGCAAAAGGGUAGUGGGAACAUGCACCAUGUCUGCCUAUGGCAGUGAUUUUUAGUCUGUAGACUUGAGAUUUCCAAAGGGGUCCAUACCUUCAUUUGACAUUUUUAGGGGUCUACAAAGGAACAAAGGUUGAAAUCAUUCGUGUAUGAUGUACAGGGUCUUUGGCUAAAGGAGGAUUUGAGUUUCCCUUGCUGUCAUUCUUUCACAUUUAGAAGCAUUACAUUGACUCUAAAAUGCAGUUCUACUCUGAACAGUGACUUAAUAGUAUUAUGGAACUCCUUGUUUAUUGUCUCUUCGAGAUGCUAGAUUAAAACAUGUUCAGGUUACAAAUAAAAUGUUAUUUUUAAAGCCA